UCUGGAAAUUCCUGUCCGUUAGACAGGAAGCCUCCUGUGAGGUGAGGGUCGCCUUUGGUCCUUGUGGGCAGUCCUGCUGGGUAUUAGUAAAGCUCAUUGGAACCUGGGGGGCUUGUGGGGAAGCUGCUGUGCAGAGUUGUGGCUGCAGGUUGUGCUACAAAGGCUUGGUGGCUGUUUGCUGGUAGCUGUUGUGCCAGGCUUUCACUGUCUGUCAUCUUCCAGGAGCAAAGCAAGCCCAGGAGGCAGAAGAUGCCGUAUUCCAGCCUACAUCCAUCCAUCCCACCACCCAGGGGUCACCGGGCCCAGCAGGCAGCCUUCGUCCUGCUGGGGGCCUGCCUGGUGGCCCUUUGGGAGCUAGGAGAAGCCGCAUCCCAAACUCUCCGGUGCCUGGUGCUCUACCUUGCCUCCUUGCAGCUGGAACUACUGUUAAAAGGGGUCUGCUGUCUAGCCGAAGAGUUAUACCAUGUCCACUCCAGGUACCAAGGAAGCUACUGGAAGGCUAUGAGCGCCUGCCUGGGUUGCCCCAUCCGCCGUGGGGCCCUGCUAAUGCUGUCCUGCUAUUUCUACUUCUACAUCCCAAACACUUCUGACCUUCCCCUCAGCUGGACGCUUCCCCUCCUGGGCCUCUCACAGGCCCUGAAUAUCCUUCUGAACCUCCAGGGCUUGACUCGAGCUGAGGUCUCUGCAGUCUGUGAAAAAAAUAACUUCAAUGUGGCCCAUGGGCUGGCAUGGUCAUAUUACAUUGGGUACCUGCGGCUGAUCCUGCCAGGACUCCAGGCUCGGAUCCAAACUUACAAUCAGCAUCACAACAACAUACUACAGGGUGCAGGGAGUCGAAAGCUGUACAUCCUUUUACCAUUGGACUGUGGGGUACCUGAUGACCUGAGUGUGGCUGACCCCAACAUUCAUUUCCUGCAUACGCUGCCCCAGCAGAGCACUGACCGGGCUGGCAUCAAAGGGCGGGUUUACUCCAACAGCGUCUAUGAACUUCUGGAGAAUGGGCGUCCAGCAGGUGCCUGUGUCCUGGAGUAUGCCACCCCCUUGCAGACCUUGUUUGCCAUGUCACAGGAUGGCAGAGCUGGCUUUAGCCGAGAGGAUCGGCUUGAACAGGCUAAACUCUUCUGCCGGACACUUGAGGAGAUCCUGGCCGAUGUCCCUGAUUCUCAGAACAACUGCCGCCUCAUUGUCUAUCAGGAACCUGCAGAAGGAAACAGCUUCUCGCUGUCACAGGAGGUUCUCCGGCACCUGAGGCAGGAGGAAAGGGAGGAGGUCACUGUGAGCAACUUCCAGACCUCAGUGGUGCCUGGUUCCUCUGUGCUGUCCCAAGAGCCCAGGCUUCUCAUCAGUGAUAUGGAACAGCCUCUCCCGCUCCGCACGGAUAUCAUCUGAGGCCCAGGAUCACCUCAUCUGAACCUCCAGUGAACCUCAAGACUGUUAAUUGGGAGCAUCCUUCAGCAGAUGGAUGUUCAACAGAAUGAUUUCCUCCCACUGGAGCCUCACAGAAAAGAGGCAGGUCUCUUCCCCAGAUUUAACAUCUCCAGAUGAGUUCUAUAUCUUUGGACAAGGCCUUUCAUCCCUCUGAGCCUGUCUCCUCUUUGAAAUGGGAUUAUACUUGUUACCCUGCUCACCUCACACAGGGUUGUUGCAAGGACUAUGCAUGUGUAGAAGUUUUGUGUAAAUUAAAUGCCAAGUAAAGUUAAAGGAUGUGCCAGUCUUCUCCCAUUGACCCUCUAGGCCUCCUCUGCCCUGGGACACUGACCUAUCUGGAUGGCCCCUGGCUUCUGGUCAUGUUGGCUCAACGGGGAGCUCCAGCAGGGGAAUGGAGGGAAAGAGAAGGAUGAGCCUGGGAUAUUCAUUCCCUAGGUCCCUCCCAGUAGUUUAAAGAUCACUGUGGGCUCUUCUGUCAGGCAACACUCAGCAAACCUGUCUAUCUCCAGGCUUCUGGAAGGGCCUCUCCUCCCCUACCCAUAGCAACAGUAUUGCUCUCCACUGGAGUAUUGCUGUUUUGUGUUUUCCUUAUAUCCUGUCCUUUCUCAAUAUUCCUUCAAAAAAAAAACACUCCUCAGAUUACCCAGUGUAGGUGUGUGAUUUUUCAGCUGAUAGACUCAGACAUAUACAAUAGAUUGG